GUUUAUUUAUCGCUUUGCGUUGAUGUUGUGCUGUGCACCUGUAUAGUUUGUUCACACUGUGGUUUUCCAUUGUGUAAAUGAUAUGGUCACUUGUAACGCUCAAUUCUUUAUUGUAAAUGGCACAUAUCAAAAGAAAGUUUACAUUUGAUGAUCCUGAAGAUAGCUACUGGAAUGAGAGUGGAUCCAACUCCUCAUCGCUAUUUGAUGAUCUGCCCUCAAAACAAUGGGCAGCACGUGCAGCCGUGGAUAACCUUUUCGAACAGCGAGAGGUGUUCUCUGCCAAAGUUACGCAACCAUCAACUUCACUUCAAAAUGCGAACGCUAAUGAUGACUCGGGGGAAAUCAGUCAGAAACGUGAAGAUGCUGUCCAAGAUUUCAUCAAUCACAAAGCUGCAAAUCUGAAGCUAGAGAUCGAGUCUUCUCCGCUUCAUGCUGGAGGUCCAUCGGCAGCAUCAGUAGUGUCAGAAUGUAGCGUAAGCAGUCUACCCAGCGAUGCUCAUCGCUUAGAUCUCGACUACUCAAGGUUACGAGCUGAACACCGCAAGCUACAGCGUCAUUUGGAGGCUGUACGACAUGACAGAUAUCGCGCGCCAGAAGUGAAGGAGGCAGUUCGGCGCUUGCUCAAAGGUGAUCCAGUCUCAUUGGAAUGGUAUCGAUCCAAAGAAGAAAAGGUUCAGCUACUAGAUGCAGCGAUAGACAUCGUAGAUGGAAAUGUUAUACUGGCUGUUGUUCUCUUUCUCAAAAGUACCCUAAUAGACUCGAUUUUCCGAGAUUUACUCUUGAGGAAGCCUCAAGCCGCUGAAGAAUACAUAAGUUUUCUUAAAAUGACUAGAGAUUAUGAUGAACUAACGACUACGCUAUUUGCCCUAGGAAGAAAUGCUGACGCUGCUAUGAUAGAAUUUUCUGCAGCCAUACGACAUCAGGUAGCUGAUCAGAAGGUACAAGCGCUAAAGAAAUGUGUGCGUAGCGGCUUCAGUGAUCCGCUGCUCAGCUUAGAGGCUAGUGUUGUAAACGACUUCAUAGGCUUACUGGAACAACAAAUACCCAUUAAUGUAGCGGACGAUCAGAGUCGAAAUCCAGCUUUUACUGCUUUCCCAAAAAACGCCAGUCUUGUAGGGAGAUCUGUGAUUGCUACGUACUACUACUGCUGCUUGUAUCAUUAUGAUGAUCCUGUGCAUGCGCUUGCAAGUCCUUCGCACAUACGCGAUGCAUUUCGAAUAACAGACAGAGAGGCAGUGUGGACUAGUGUGAGUGCCCUAGCCAAACAGUGCAGAUGGCCAGACGUAGAAAGAGUUCUGCAGCCGAAAACGUUAUUGGGGGCAUUACAAAAUAGAGCUGCUCUGAACUCGCCGAAACUCUCAUGUCCGUUCAGCUGGCAAAAUCUCUUCCACAUAUUGCAUUCGAAUUCAACUGCUCCACCCAAAGAUUUGUCGUGCCGAAUUCUUCGCGCCGUUAAUGAUGCUGACAUGAGGCUAAAACUCGCAGAGAAAUACGAUGUUUGUGAGAUUGUUAUUGAAUGCUUAGUUGCACAAAAGGAUCGCUUACGCCUGACCAAGUUUGCUAGUAAACUUACACCGCAUACACCUGAUGCUUAUAAAGCUCUUGCUGCUUUGAAUAAUACGGGUACGAAAUGGAAAAACUAGAACAUGCUGCUUCUAUGGUGCCUCCACGCUUGCGAUAGAGCUCUGCUUAUGCACACCAGUCAUCAACUUGUGAUAAUCAAUCUAGGCAUUUAUUAUAUGUAUCUCUUCUAGUUAAAUGAAUACCAGCAAAUCCCUUUACUGAGUUGUGCGUAUCUGUGAUAAGAUUUGGGCAACAUAUUUAUUGUCAACGUGGAUAUGGC